AUGGAGAUGCGUAACGUCCAUGAGAAGUAUCUGAUGGCGGAUGAGGACGAGGAGACGGUGACUCAAGACAGGAACGGUUCCGACAAGAGAGCUCGAUGGACCGUCGAGCCGGUUCGAGGUUCUUUCGAAGUGAUCCGUUUGAGGAGUUGCUACGGUAAUUACCUAACCGCUAAGAACGAGCGGUUCUUGCUCGGCGCCACGGGGCGUAAAGUGGUCUUGUCGAAACCGAGUCCGCUCGACUCUUCCGUCGAGUGGGAACCGGUGAGAGAAGGAUCUAAAAUGAUGCUUAAGACUAGAUACGGAAACUUCCUCCGAGCCAAUGGUGGACUUCCUCCGUGGCGUAACUCAGUCACCCAUGACUCUCCUCAUAGUUCGGACUCCUUCUUGUGGGAUGUUGAUCUUGUCGAGAUCUUGGUCGAAACGGCGUCUCCGGCUCCAGCUCCGGCGACACCUCCUCCGCCACAUAGGAGGCCGUCGAGUCCUUUGAUGUCUAGAACCUCUUCAGAAAAAUCCGAGGACGAGUUGACUGAGUCGCCGCCGAAACCGGAAGGGAGGGUCAUUUAUUACCACAUCGCGGACGAAGAAGGACACGUGGAAGAUGAAUCAGCCGUUGGAUACGCUUUGACGUUCAAAGGAAACAGCGUGGAACAAUUGACGCGGGCGCUGAAGGAAGAGACUAGCAUGGAUGAUGUGGUUGUGUGUACACGCAAUCCUUUAAACGGCAAGCUGUUUCCUCUUCGUUUGAGGCUUCCGCCGAACAGUGGAACAAUGCAUGUCGUUCUGGUACCCUCAAGUACUUCUUAA